AUGGGAUCAAACCUCUGCUGUCUCCGGCACUCGGGUUCUGAUCAAAAGUCAAAAGGGUCUAGCUCCGGUGAUCAAAAUGGUACUCCGGCCAGCCAGAAACAGUUGAACCCACAAGAGAAUUUGACUCUAGAGCAGUGUCUCAUGGCUUCACCAGGCUUGAAAAGGGUCUAUCCAUCUUCUCCUGAUGUUCAACCAGGUUUCUCUACGCCAAGAAUCAGUUUCUCGUCUGAUAGAACUGGGAAGAUUGAUGAGCAUACAGAGUUCUUUACGCCGAGAAUCAGUUUUUCGGGAGAGAGAGUAAGGAAGAAUAAUGAAGAUGAGGAUUCCAGUAGUUCAAUUAAUGGUGGAAGCCCAAUUAGGAAGUCGAAAAAGAAGGUGAGCUUUAAGCUACCUGAAGUGGCUGAUAUUAUCAUAUUUUACUCACCUGGGGAGUCAUUUGAAGAGUAA